AGGGGAUGGCUGGGCCAAUUUCAGAGAGAAGACCCCAAACAUGGGUCAGGAGAGUGUUUCUGCCACGCUGGUCCCUCUCAGUAUCAAUACAACUUUCUUCAGCCAACCAAAAUGCCAAAGUACAAGAGCAAACCACAAAAGCUUGAAUUUCCAUGGUCUCCAUGCCGUGGCCAGGUUACAAAGCUGAGCAUCUUCUGCAUCAUGGAGCUGGGAGCACCUCUAGACCCAUUCCUUUCUGCUGGUCCCCUGUGCCAGUCACUGUGUCACCUUGCCCGGUGACCAACAGCUCAACCAGGACCUUCCCAGGGAAACUCCCCCAAGGAUGGGGCCAGGAGCAGGGUCAUCAAGGAGGCCACGCAGCCACAGCCCGUGCUCGAUGAUCUCAGCUGGGAACCUUCACCAGGCGGUGCAGGUGAGGGCUUUGCUGUCUCGGACAAGGAUCCACAGGGGCCUGGCAGCUCCAGGGUCUUCCUGCCGUGUGGAACUGGACUUUGCACUGUUCUGCAAGAAAAGUAAAGGAGAAGAAGGCAAACCGCUCUCAGGACUGUGCCAGCCCGUAGCUUCCCUGUGUGCCCUGGGGCUCAGCAGGAGUGCCGGAGCGGCUGGAUGAUCUAACCGCCUUUGGAGGAGGGCACCCUGAAAAACACCGGGAGAAACACAGCCGUGACUCCACGCCAGGCUGGCUCCUCGCCCGCAGCCCUGGCAGGAAGCGCUGGCAGGCGGGCAGGCAGCAUCCCGGCUCAUCCCGGCGCUUCCCGGCUCAUCCCGGCGCUUCCCGGCGCACGCCCCAGCUCCCAGCCCGGGACCGGCCGCAGCGGAGUCCUUCCAGGCAGCAAGAUGACGCUGUGGGAUGGCUCCUACCCCUUCUACCCUGGAGCCAAUGCCUGCUUCCCCUUUGACACCACCCGGGCUGUCAUCGUCACCGUCUUCCUCUCCAUGUUGUUGAUGUUCAUCAUCAUCCUGCCAGGGAUCCGGGGCAGGGGGCGACUCUUCUGGUUCCUGCGCUUGGUGUUGGGACUCUUCAUGGGAGCAGUGGUGCUCACUGUCCAGUUCACCAGAGACUGGGAGACGGGCUGGGUGCAGGCAAACACCUCCUACAAGUCCUUCAGCCGUGCCCAGGUGGACGUGGACAUCGGGCUGCACAUCGGCCUGGCGGGGGUGAACGUCACACUCAGGGGAAACCCAGUGCACCAGAUCAACGAGACCAUCAACUACAACGAGCACUUUCCCUGGAACUUCGGAGCCGAUUACGACCGCAGCUACAGCGAGGGGCUGGAGAAGGGGCUGCCCAGCCCCAUCCUCUACGUGGCAGAGAAGUUCAGCAGUCAGAGCCCGUGUGCCGUGCACAGGCAGUACCGCAUCGCUGGCCACUACGCGUCCCUCGCACUGUGGCUGGCCUUUUGCACAUGGCUCAUUUCCAUCCUGCUCUUCUCCAUGUCCAUCCUGCUCUAUGGUGGCCACAUGCUUCUGCUCACUGCUGCUCUGAUCCUCUUCUCACUGCUCUUCUUCUUCACCGCGAGAAACACCCCGAAGUGCCCCAUCCAGUUCGGCCCAGUUUCCUUGAGAACAGACUAUGGCGAAUCCUUUUGGCUCACAUUAGCGACAGGGCUGCUGUGCCUGCUCCUGGGGCUGGCCAUCAUCAUCCUCAACUCCGUGCAGCCAGAGAAGCUGAAGCUCAUCUUUAGCCUGGACAAGAGCAGCAAAGAGGAGGUGUGGGACAAGUCCCGCCUGCCAGCUGAGCCCAGCUGCUCUGCACAGGAUGUGCUCAUGGUCCCCCUGGGUGAGCUCUGCCAGGUGACAGCCACCCAGCUCUGAGGCACAGGGAGGCAGGGCAAGGCCUGGAGAUGCUGCUCCUGAAUUCACCAAAUCCAUCAAGAGGCCAGGUGGAAAGAGACAUGACAAGAGCCAAGUGAUGAGAAUAUCCAGAUCUGAAAAGGUGUCUCAAAUACAACAGUUUGCCUUUU